CAAUCUUUUGUCCCUCCCCCAAAGAGAGAGGCCCCGCCUACUCAGUCACUUCCGAUACUGUUUGUAUUUUACAAAGUACAUUUGAGGCUCCAGUCGCACUUUCUAUAUCGUAUUUGCAUCGGAAGACAAAGCUGCGUCAUUUGAAAGAAACAUGCAAUCAACCAUCCUGUCAUCUCGGCUGCAGGAAAAGGAUCUGUUGUACCCAAGUGUUGCCCGAGAGAGGAGCAGGCACAAGAAGAAGAGGCUGGUGCAGAGUCCCAACUCCUACUUCAUGGAUGUUAAAUGCACGGGCUGUUACACGAUCACCACCAUCUUCAGCCACGCGCAGACGGUGGUACCGUGUGCAGGCUGCUCUCUGAUCCUCUGUCAACCAGCAGGGGGGAAAUGCAGACUCACUGAAGGCUGUGCCUUCAGAAAGAAAAAAUCCUGAACAGGAAAUGGUGCU